AAGGACCCCUCCCACCCCUCAGAUGGACUGUUUGUGGCCCUUCCAUCAGGAAAGGAGCAGCAUCAGGACGCACACAUCAAGGUUCAGCAGUAGCUUCUUCCUACUGGCAGUUAGACUGUUGAACACUCUGCGGCUACAACACAGGAGAAGUUGUGACCCUGAGCAUCAUGGGAGAUGGUGAUGUUAAAUUUCAAGCACUGGUGAUGUAGCAGAUGAGGAGACUAUCCCCACCAAAGAUGUCAAAAUGCUGCAUUUGACAGGCUCAAAAACAUCUCGCCUCAUUUCUUGGACAGCUUGCAUUCAUCGCAGAGAUAUUUUUUCAUCAAGGACGGUGUUUCUUGACAGAAGAGCAAACCAGAGUGAAGAGCACAUACAUCUAAAGAACAUUUAUGGGAAAAAAACACUGCUGCUAACUAUGUGCAUGGACCAUUUGUGACUCAUUGAUGUUUGCUUUUAUACCUCCACGAGUAUUUUUAUACUGAAGUAUGUACGAGCUGGAUGUUAACCAAACAGAUUCUGUCUCCAUCAAGUACCUGGAUCUCUGAGGAAAUUCAGCCAAAAGCCAGGCAUGGAAUAGAUUGUGAAGCUUGGUAGUGAGCAGGAUCAACCCUUUAAAAUGCUCCAGACUGGCAACUACUCACUUGUGCUCCUGAUCCAACUGGCACUGUUGGCCUAUGACCUCUUUGUCAACUCUUUCAGUGAACUUCUGAGAGGAGCGCCUGUCAUCCAACUUGUGCUUUUCAUCAUCCAGGACAUUGCCAUCUUGUUCAACGUGAUCAUUAUUCUCCUGAUGAUGUUCAACACCUACGUGUUCCAGGUCGGCCUGGUGUCUCUGCUGCUGGAGAGAUUCAGGGCUCUGCUGAUAUUCGCCCCUCUUUACCUGACCCUCAGCAUCUGUUUCCACUGCUGGGUGUUGAACCUACGAUGGCUCGAUUCAAACCGUUUUGUUUGGACGGACGGUCUACAAGCUCUGUUUGUUUUCCAAAGAACAGCGGCUGUGUUGUAUUACUACUUGUACAAGCGUACAGCGGAGUAUAUGGGAGACCCACGGCUGUAUGAGGACUCUUUAUGGCUGCGCGAUGCCUUUGCCAGAGCUCGUCAGUGAAGAUGAGAUGGUUCAGAGAGGGACUUGAAAGGAUCGGAGAAGAAAGGCCCAUCUGACACUACUACUAACACUGGCCAUCAUCAUCCGCUACUUUGAAUUUUGGAUUAAUUUAGUAGGUUUUCUUCACGAUGUAUUUUAAAAUUCAUGGAGCACAAUUUCAUGGUGCACCGCCUCAUUCUCAAGAGUUUUUUUUUUUUUUUUAACAGAUUUGACACUAUCAAUUGUUGGACUAUCAAGCAUAUAUAUACAUAUAUAUAUGUCACAAAGCAACAGGAUGAUGUUGCACACAACUGGAACUCACAAACUGAGAGGGUGAAGCAAAGUCUCCACCAUAGUUUGUGUUUACUGGCUCUUCAUUGCCAAGCAGCCAACCAGUUAAAUGGUUUACAAUCGCAGGUAAGCCAAGCAUGGCACAUGUAGUAUUGUAUUAAUCAGGAUUUAGUCUGUUAACCUUUGUGGCCUUGUAAAUAACUUUGGGGUGCAGACAGACUGCAACACAUUGGAAUAAUGUUUUUAUUUUAGAAAAGGCAAGUUUGUUUUAAUCUGUAUCAAUUCACAGUUUUUAGAACAAUAUAUAGUCACAGUGUUCUUGGAAAUUUCUACUGAAAAAGACGAAACCUGUUGGUUGAAAUUGCCUUAUGUAAGGUUAGUAUGUGCUGUUUACAUGAUUGAUGUAAUGUUAUUAAGCCAAUUUUCCUGUAAAAUCUGUUGUCUAACUGGGGAUCUUUGAAUCGUGUCCCGCUGUUUUUAUUAAAUAAUCCUUCUCUAA